UUUCCAACGGCUUUCAGUGUAAGCUACAUGUGACAAGUGAAAUUAAAAGAAAAAUACUACCGAGAGUUUCCACUGUGUUUUUCCUGCAUUUCAUGGAUUUUCCCAGCAAUUCGGGGUGCAAAAGUGCGUGAAAACAAGUGAGGUGAGAAUUGUGUUAUUGGCACGAUAUUAUGGUACACGAGAGAGUUGGCGAAGAUUCCUGUGAUUCGAGAGUGACCCUCGUGCGACGCGUUCACGACUAGGCACUGUGUCCUUCGCAAUGCUCCUCAUCCUUGGUCUGUGUCUCCUGGUGAGUGCCGGAAGGGGUGUAGCUUCGGCGGGAGAUGCAAAUCUUGCUGGUGGAUUUGACACCAGCAGUCCGCUGGUGCUGGAGAAACUGCUGGAGGAGGCGCUUCCGGAGGUGCACAGUCACCUGGUAGCGCUGCCUAAGAUGCUAGACUUUGGGGAUCAAAGCCUCGGGAGUCCACACACGCGUGUUGUGACGCUGAUGAACAACAAUAGCAACCGAAGCGUCUUCCUGGAUGCCAUUGUGACUCCAGCAGAUGCCGAAGCGAGUGUUUUCUUCACGUCCUUUGUGGACAAAGUGAUCCCUCCUCUCAGCAAUACCACAUUCAGUGUGGUUUUCCUACCAAGACGCCAUGGGCCAGUAGAAACUGAUCUGUUAAUUCACACAACUUUUGGGCUCAUGAGAUUUCCAGUACGCGGAAGGGGAGUAGAAUGUCCAUAUCGUCUGGUUCCAUUGGUGGGCAUCAAGGCACCUUUUAAUGCCACCAUCUCACCGGAGAUUCAUCUUUUCAAUCCACAUAACAAGCCCAUCCAGAUCGUUGAGAUUUUUUCCAGCGGAGGGCAUUUUCAGCUGGAGCUACCCAGCGGUGGAAAUGAGGGACCUCAAGUGUUAUGGGAGAUCCCGCCACUUUGUUCCAAGCCUAUCAUCCGCGUGAGAUUCGUGGGAGCGUCUCCGGGCAACUACACAGCUUACGUGAGGAUUAAGAUCCAGGGACAGGAUGCCAAGUUGGCUGAGAAGGUGUUGGUGGUGCCGAUUGAGGUGGAGAUUAGUCGGGAGAGGGGUGUUUAUUCACCGCUGAGCCUGCUGAAUUUGGGCCUUCAUGGGUCCACGGACAGGAUUUCGGUGUUUAGGGUGAAUCUCACGCAUUCGGCAGCAGAUUCGGGUGCCAAUGUGAAAGUGACAGAUCUGCGGGGUGACAAUGAGAUCACCAAUCGCAGUCUGUCACUGCAGAUUGACGAAGAUUCACGUCAGAGGUGGCUGAUUGUGGAAGUGAAUUGGGCCAAAGUGUGGUCACCCUAUUUGAUGGGUAACAUCGUGAUAUCAAGUGAGGUUGAUGGGGAGCCCCAAUUGCCCUAUCAUAUGCCAAUUUUUGGGCUAUUGCUUAAUGGAUCUGCCCAACAUGCGGGUAACAUCACAAUUCUCCUGAGCAAUCGGAAGCACCUGACCAAAGGCCAUGGGUUCAGUUUCACCAACAAAUUCGCUGUACCCCUUAUGGUUACUAAUGUGAGUGUUGCUGAUGAUGUGGGGGCGCGUCAUUUGCGUCUUUUGGACUUUGAUACAGUGCUUCUGGCACCCGAUGAGUCCCUGACCCUAUUCCGGGUGCAAUUCGUCAAUUACACGACGCCCAUCCCGAGAAACUUUUCAGUUGUCUCAGAGAUACGCAUCGUGACGAAUGCCACUGUUUACAGUAUCCCCGUGUACUGCUUCACGGGUUUCCUGAGGCGAGUGGUGCCUGUGUAUGAGGGCGCAAAUAUGGGGCAUGGUGAUGAGGGUUCAUUGGAUUUUGGUACAGUUCCUGUAUCAACUUCCUUUGAUUCCAACAUCGCCUUCAUCAAUGAAAAUCCCGUGACAGUGUCCAUCAAGGGAUGGACUGGAAAACUUACAAGCUCAGCAUCGUACAGCAUCAUUCUGCUGGGAUGCUCAGAUGGGGCGUCUUUCUCAAAUCUGGUGAUCUGUUCUGAAUUGGAACCCAAACAGUGGAUGGUAUUUCAGAUCACGGUUAAGAGCUAUGGUGUAGGUAACUACACAGGCCAGCUCAUUGUCAAUACAGAUUAUGAGGAAAUUGUGACGCCCAUUCACAUGAUCGCUGAAAUGGGAGGAUUAGCGCUCGACCAGGAGCUAUUGCACUUCAAGGACUGUUUUCCGGAGAAGAUAUGCUCAUUGAACUUAAGCGCACACUCAACCUUUAUGAAACCCAUGCAGGUGGAGGCCAUAAGUGUAAUUGAUGGUAUAAUCAAUUAUGAGUAUGCAACAGAUGAGGAUAUCCUGCCUGAGAUUCCUCCCAAUGUGAUAACGAACAUCGGGCGGUUGUACUUUGAUCCCAAGGGACUGUGUGGUGAGUACUGUUAUACAGGGAGUCAGGUGAGCAACAAGAUUCAUCCCAAAAAAUCCAGGUCCCUGGUUAACUACUCCCACUACACAAAGUUGGACAAGGAUGUGCUGUCAUUUCGUGUUAAGUCAUUUCACAAAAUGCGAACUUCCAUCCAGAGCAUCCCCUUUAAAUUGUCCACCAGUCAAAUCAAGCGAUAUGACUUUGUGGCGAGUGUGAACUUUGUUUGGCCGAGAUUGGUGACUGAACAUAUAGAUUUUUUACCCACACAAGUGGGUCAGGGCAUAGCAAAGUUUAUCACUAUUGACAAUCCGUCAGAUCAACUUCUGAUCACCCAAUACUUUCUGCAUGACACUCAAGUUCAUGGGCAGGAUGUGGAGCUGCCACCUGAAGUGAUAACACCCUGUCCGAAUUGUGUUCUGGCUAAGGAGAAACUCUUUGCCUUCCACUCAUUCUUCUCCACAUCUUCCACACUGGAGAACUAUUUUGAUCAUAUUCCUCCUAGAGGUAGCAGUAAAGUGGCUAUUAGGUUCCAGAGUCCAAGACCUGGAACCUUUUCUACUCUUCUGUUUAUCCGGAAUAAUUUGACCAUCCUCGAUGCAGUAUGGCUGACAGCUAAGGCUGUGGUGCCUCAGCUAAAGUUUGGCAAUCGGAGACCGGGUUCUCAAACGCCGUUGCUAUUUGAACUCACAGACAAACACUAUAAAGUUUGUGCUGAUUAUGUGGCGGAGUGGGAAAAAGGGGAAAAGGAGAGCCGUGACUAUGAAGUUCCACGCGCCAUUAUCACCAUGAAGAGGAGCUUUACGGCAAGAAACAGCGGAGAAGUGCCCAUUUCCAUCAAGGCCAUAAAGAUUGGAUCCGAACUGUGCGAGGGAUAUGGAUUUAAGGUACUAAACUGUUCAGCAUUUGAGCUGGCGCCAAAUGCAUCGAAAAAGAUUGAAAUCUCCUUCACACCUGACUUCAUACUCUCGCGAAUUACCAGACCAUUAAUCCUAGAGACUAGUGCUGGUUAUCCGGUCAACUAUACCCUACUUAGUACAAUUCCCGCUGAGGUGGUUACGCUGUGUCAUAAGGCACUGCUUCGACCUUGGUGGGAACGGCCAAUGAAGCGGGGUACAAUGUUGAUCUCGUGCCUGGUACUCCUAGGUAUAAUUUCAUAUGGUUGGGCGGAAUGUGAUAGGAUCAUGAAGAGGCAUCUGGCUGAAGUGGUACGAGACAAGGGGAACUUACAACCACUUGAUCUUCGAAAGAUCAAUAUGAAGAGUCCAUUUGGUGAGGAAGCAGCUCCAGCUCCAGCAACACCACCAACUGCUGCUCCUCAGCCAGGAAAAUCUACAAAUUUCCUUGGGCUGGGUUCAAAGAAGAAACCUGGAAAGAAAAUUCCAGUUGGAGAAGUAAAUCCACUGAAUUUCAGCCCUAAAUUUGAUUUGAAAUCUUCGGAGAAUCACAGUAAAGUGGAUCCGGUGAAGACUGAGGCGCAGAAGAAUGAAAAGGUAGAGAGUCGUAAAUCGCAGACACCUCUCGAAGUUUCUGAGCCUAUUGCUGCAUCCAAACCAUCAAAAUCCGACGUUAAACCUUCUCCAAAGAGAUCAUUGACGCCACCAAGUCCUCAGCCUCCGUCACGAGAAGUUGUCCGAAAGGAAAUUAAGGAAGAAGUGGAAAUUUUUGCAGCACCUGAACCUGAAAAGAGACAAAUCACACCACCUCCAGCAAAAGUCCAGGAAAUCACACCACCAGCCACGAGGAAACAGGUGAAACAAGUGGUGAAGAAGACCAAAAGCCUUCCAGUACCAACAAAUAUUGAGAGUUCGACUGUUACGGUUCCGUUUUCAAGUCCUCAACCCAAAAUUCCCGAAGUAAAGACACCGACGCCCAAAGUAACACCCAAGGCUGCUCAGGCUGAGUCUAGUUUUAUGGAGAGACAUUCAACACCGGUAAUUGUGGAGCCGCCUCCUUCAUCUCCGAGUCCCGAUGUGACCUUUGAGGUGCAGAAUGGAUCACAAAAUGAAAUCAUUCGGCCUAAGAGGUAUGGAAAGACACCGGGACGGGAGAGACGAUCACGAUUGACUAAGCGCAAUGGUCUCACGAAGCCCCAAUUCAAGCCAUCAGCCAAUACUUUCACAUCUCCUCUCGAGACUUCUCCUGAGCCUCCAGUCCCAAAUGUUUGGGAUGAGAAUCGUGCUACUUUUAGCUAUGUUGUGGCUCAGAAGCCUUCGACGCCUGAAGUGGCGUCUCCGGAGAAGCUUGGAAUGGAGUUUGGGAUGUUUGGGGAGGUUCAAUCGAGUGUGUCUGCUGAGAUGCCCAGGAAUGAUACGGCUGUUAAUGGAAUGACUACACCAGUAUGGAAGGUGAAUGAAUUGGGUCCAAUUGGUACGAAGAAGUCUCCGAGAACGUCAAAUACUUCCUGGGUGGAUGUUGAGAGUGUCCGGAAGCCACUGGGUCAAGAUAAUUUCAAUCUGGAGGCAUUGACUUCAAUGCAGAACAAUCCGAAUUCUUUCUAUGGUGGAUCAUCAUCUAUGCUGGAAACGUAUCUAAUGGAGAAGUUGCAGUAUGCUAGGGAGAAGCAUACACCAGAGAAGAAUGUUAUGCAUCAUCAUGUUCAGGAUGUGCAGAAAAUCGAGGAGCCAAUGAAUGGUGCAGAUUGGAAUUCGCAGAAUUUGUGGAAUCCUAUGAAUACGGCCAAUGGAUUUGAUUCACAGCCGCGUUGGAAUACACAGAGUCCCAUUAGACGUCCUCCACCUGGCCUGGAUUUUCUGCAGCGCAACAAUAGCAAUUCCCUCUUUAUGAAUGGUGUUGGGGGCAAUGAUGAGAAUUACAAUUCAAUGCCCACUUACGAGCUGUUUUCUUCACCGUGGGAGAGCGAGGUGACGUCAAAUAUUUGGCACAAGUCAUCUGGUCAGAAUUAUCCCAAGAAGCAGCAGUAGAGCUUUGUGAUCCCAGAGGCUGAGAUAUCCGCCAAAAUUUCCUCUUUGAAAAUCCAUCCUUCCUCCCAAACAAAUUGAAGUGUUCCCCAAUAUUCCCUCCUUAUUGAAAUCCCCUGGUGUUUUAUUUCACUCCCUGUAACUUGUGGAGUGAAUCCUUCCCCUGUUUUACGGUGUUGAACUGAUGAUGAUGGCUACAGUGAAAUCUACCCUCGAGGUUGUAUUUGAUGUGAAAUAUGAAAUAAUCAUUACAAUUUAAAUGUAAUACAUGGAUUAUGCUGACGAAACACUCACAAUUUGAACAUUAAUGAAUAUAUGAAAUCAUAAGAGCAA